CUGAUGCGCGUCACACGUCAUCUCUGACCAGCAGCCAGUCUGCACAGCGAGCUAGCCUCUUGCGUUAGCAGCUAGCAUUUAGCUACUCUUCACACUAACAGGGUGUGUCUGCAUCAGAAACAUGUCGCUUAACGGACCCGGAGAAGACGCCACGGACGCGAAGCGAGGCGAUGGACAACAGUCAGAGUUGUCUUUGUCUCCUUCUGCCUCCGUGGAGGUGGAUGCUAAACCCACCGCCCACAGCUUCAGAUACAGUCUGGAUUUCCCCAGCAUGGGCCAGUGCAUCAUCAUCAACAACAAGAACUUUGACAAAAGAACAGGCAUGAAUCAACGAAACGGCACCGAUGUAGACGCAGGCAACGCGAUGAAAGUGUUUGGGAAGUUGGGUUAUAAAGUGAAGGUUUACAACGACCAGUCAGUCGAGCAGAUGAAACAGGUUUUACUUUCUGUGUCAAAGGAAGAUCACAGCUCCUACGCCUCAUUCGUCUGUGUUCUGUUGAGUCACGGAGAUGAGGGCGUGUUCUUUGGUACGGACGGCUCUGUGGAGCUCAAGUAUCUGACGUCACUUUUUCGAGGCAAUCGGUGCAAAUCGCUGGUGGGAAAGCCCAAACUCUUCUUCAUCCAGGCUUGCAGAGGCACCGAUCUGGACGCAGGCAUUGAAGCCGACAGUCCAGACGAUGAUACUACCAGGAUCCCCGUGGAAGCAGACUUCCUCUAUGCCUUCUCCACAGCCCCAGGCUACUACUCAUGGAGGAACACCAUGACUGGGUCCUGGUUCAUGCAGUCGCUGUGUGACAUGAUCAACAGAUAUGGAACGGAAUUGGAGCUGCAGCACAUCAUGAUUCGAGUGAACCACAAGGUGGCAGUAGAGUUUGAGUCUGUCUCCAAUUCACCAGGCUUUAAUAAGAAGAAACAAAUCCCAUGCAUUGUGUCAAUGCUGACCAAAGAGAUGUAUUUCUCUCCUUGAUGUUGUCUUUCCAUCAGAAGACUCCAGCCUUUUCAUCUGCAGAAGAAAGGCUGGAGUCUGUGUAUGAGGUGGUGCCUGUGAAUUAUUUUAGUUUACACUGUCUGACUGAGUAGCUCUUGGUUCAGCUCACAUACUUCUGGGAGAGAAGAUGUGGUGCAAAGUUGCAUUUCACAAGCGAAGCAUUACAAGGUUCUUUCUAUGGAGUACAGUUCUGUGAUGGGAGGCAUUGAGUGGAUUUUUAUCCUUGCAGGAUAACAAUUUUGAAUUCUCUUUUAAGCAUUAAAUCUAAAAUGAUAGUUUACAACAAUGUAUUUUAAAAAAAAAAAAAAAGCCUUAAAUAAUUUAACAAAAUUCAUGGAUCCAAAAGAUUAAAUGUAAUUAACCUCAUAACUCCAAGUUCACAGUUUUCUACCAGUGAAUGCCUCUCUUCUGUUUAUACUAAAUGCAUUUCAGGGAAAUAUUUUGGGAGCCAGUUUGAUAGGACUUUUUUUUAUAUUUGUUUGAUCAUGAAAACAAAGAUGGGCUUCAUGCCCUCCAGUAUCAGCGUUUCUAAACAAGACUAUAGUCUGUUGUGAAGGGAUCAUGUUUCAUUUCUUUUUUCUUUUUUUCUUAUCUUUGUACACCAUGGAGUCAGUGUAGGGACAUCUGACAUAAAGGUUCACAAACAAAAAUAAUCAAUCAUUCAAUUAAAUAUUAGAGGAGUUGUGAAGCCUACAUUAAUAAUGCACUCUGUAGGUAAAUUAAAGGAUAAUGUUGUGUAGCAAAUUCAGGAACAACCGCUAAGCUAUCUUGUGUCCUGUUGGUUUUAAAACUUAGGAUUCAAUUGUUUUACAUUUUCUAAAUGUCAGGCUUCAUAGCAUGCAUGAAAAAAGCCAGUCCACUUGCACAUUGCUUUUAUUUGACGUUAUUUCCAUACUUGAACACGUGUUUACAUUUCACCUAACUCAGUCGCUCAUGUAUUGCUGGUGGUUUCUAAAGAUGAAACAACAAACAGGAUGCUUUUUUUCACUUUGCUAUAAUAAUAAUAAUAAUAAAAAAAAGCACAAUUUGAUUGUGUUCUGAUCCUGGUGCUGGUCAUUUGUUUGAGUAAAUGUUUCAAUAUUUACAGGAAACUAGCUGAAAUCUAUUCUGUUAAAAUAUUUCACUGUGACAAUCCAGUUUUAAUGUCAUUUCAAUAAAGUCAACUUUGCUAUGAGCAUCACUUUGGGCUUUUUUUUAUUUUUUAUGAUAUUGCUAUUUUGUAAGCAGUGAUUAUUGAGCAUUUGGUGAAAUGUUUAUUUCUGAAAAAUAAAAACCUUUUUUCAUGGUU